GCUGGAACCUCAAACUCAAACCUCAAAGUAAAGAAAAAACAUUGUUCUGGAAACUAUCAUGUUUAGUUGAUAUUUAUAUUUGAUUGUGUUGUUUAAGAUGACAGAUUUUAGAGAAGGAAAGUUGUCCAGAAAUUACCUCAAAGACGAGAUGUCUACGGUUGGAAGAAAGGGAGGUAAGCCUCAAGUAGAAAUUUAUCGACCAGGAAGCGGUCCUUUGCGAAAAUCAGCUUAUGGUGAAGAAGAAUUUUACGGAGAAGGGUUUUGUGAAAGUAAUCCAAGCAGGGAAAGAGAAGAGCGAUACCCUAGAAAGAACCACUCUAAAAAACUAGUUGAUGAUUUUGACAGGUUGAGCAUCUGUUCAGGUAACUCACUGAAGGAUAGAAGGUCAACGAGCUUAUGUGGUAGCACUGGUAAUCUGAGUGACCCAAAAAGGAGAACAAAGAAACCAGAAGUUCCCAUUUAUGUUCCACCAAAACCUACACCAGCAUUGCCGAACAAUCAAGAGAACAAACUAUUCAAAACUAGAAACUAUAACAGUACAAAACGAAGUGAUUCAUUUAGAAGAGAUGAAGCUCAUAAAAGAGAUGUUGAAACACCUGUAAGAAAGAAUGAAGACAAAGAAAGCCAAUGGUCAGACAACAGGACUCUUAGAGGUGGCUCAGAACCACCAAAACCACGACAAGAACCAAGGAAACCAAAUGAGAGAGAUAAAACCCGUCGACCGAGAAAAAAUAAAAAAAGGAAUAGCAGACGAGACAUCAGGGAUGAGAAUAUUAAUCAAACUAAUGGCAUCCAAGAAAAAAUAACUCCCUUAUUAGAUAUAAAAUUUGAUUACAACCCAAUGAUCAAAGCAGGAAGUAGUUUUGAUAUUACAGGCUAUGAAACUAACGGACACACGACAACUGAUAAUGAGAGUGAGAGGGAUCCUCUAUGUUCUAGGAAAAACAAUUCCCUUCAACAUCGUAACAUGAGACAAGCCUCAGAACCUAGAUCAUUGCCUUUAUCAUCCCUACACAUAGAUAAACAAGGGCGAGAUACUAGAAGUGUGGAACCGACCGAUGAGCAUCAGUGGCAACAAGAAAGGUCCACCCAAAAACCACCGUCUGGCCAAUACGGACGAAGAGGGAACAAACAGUCCUACUCCAAACACAAGCAAUAUCAUUUGUCUUUUGAAUCACUCCCGCCUCGAUUGCAGAAAAAGUAUAUGGAAGAAAAUGGUUUGCAAGAACCACCUGUUCAUCCUACAUACAGUGGCAAUAUCAAUGAUAAACCUUACAUGGGGUCCAAUCCAGACUUAACUUACAAUGGGACAGGGUCAGAACCCUUUUACAGUUCACAAUCAUCUAGUUUCAAUCCCGCUGCAAAAUCAUCAUAUGUCGGAAUGAAUACAACUUAUAUUGGAACUAAUUCAGAGGAUGCAUGGGAUGGCGGUUCUUUAACUUUUCAAGGCAAUAAUCAAACAUUUUACUCAACCGUUCCUCCACCAACAAUGUUCCAUCAUCCUCCACCACCCUUAAUUACGACCCAGGCACCUCCCCAUUUUUGGUCCCAAACACUACCUCAUGUAAGAGGUAGGGGAAGGGGACGAGUUCCCCAUCAUGAGUUGGAGAGAGAACGAAUUGCCUUUGAAGAAGCAAGAAUGGCAAGAUCAUUGACUCCUGAUGCUCUAGGGGAGCUUGAAAGGUUUGAAGAAAAAGAUUCUUUGUCUCCUAAGGAAAGUUUGAAACUUGAAAAGGAAAAAGAACCCUCUCAAAGUAAUGAUGCUUCCAACACUCCAAGGUCUAAUGAAAAGGAAGAAAAAUCACUAGGAGAAACCAAAACCAGUGGCCUGGAUGCUAGUGAAAACGAAAGUGCCACCUCUAACAAGAGCCCUACUCAGUCCACGAGUCCACAAGAUUUUAUAUUCAAAAAACCGAUUACAACUAGCAUGAACUGGGCAGACGAAGUAGAGUUGAGUGAGCAAAUGCAAGAAGCAUUAGAUGAGAAGGAUUCUGGAGAUAACACUUGGAGUUUGGCAAGCAGUCACUUUUCUCCACCAACUCUGACUGCAACAGACAAGACUGUAGCGUCAUCGCCUCCCAAAGACCGGCGAAAGAGAAGGAAAAGGAAGAGAGGAAGAGGAAAUAACGAUAGGAGCAACAGCAGAGAAAGGUUUGACAAGAGCAACGCCAACAAUGGUCGACGUGGUUCUGUUGAUGAUGUGGUACUCAGAGAGUCUCGCAAUAGGAAAAACAGUGGCAGUGACAAAAAUUCUGUAUCAAGAAGUAGAAAGAAUAGUGGAGACGAUAGGCAUUGGCCGAGAAGUAGAAAGAAUAGUGGAGACGAUAGGCAUUGGCCGAGAAGUAGAAAGAAUAGCGGAGACGAUAGGCAUUGGCCAAGAAGUAGAAAGAAUAGCGGAGACGAUAGGCAUUGGCCAAGAAGUAGAAAGAAUAGCGGAGACGAUAGGCAUUGGCCGAGAAGUAGAAAAAAUAGCAGUGACGAUAGAAACUGGAGGGUCGAGACUAGAGAUCCAUAUGACAACUUUAGAAUCUCUAGAUCCGACAAUAAAUUUAGCAGCAGAACCAGUAGUAGGAACAACAGUAGACAUAAUAGCCGGAGCAACAGCAGAAACAACAGUGUAGAAAGGUGGACUCACGACGAAUACUUGAAUUUCAACGGAAGCGAGCGCAAGUUGAGAGGAGGUAGCAAUGAACGGUUUCGAAGAAAUAGCGUGAAAAGCCAUUCUAGCUCCGGGAGGAGAAGAGGAAGUAGAGAUAUCAGUCCUGAAAGAAUGAAGGAGCCCAAACAAGAAGAGAAUUGGAGAGAGGAAGCGAGAAGGUUAAAUGGCCCUGGACCAUUUGGUGAAACUAAGAAACAAGAACAGAGAAAACAAGGUGGUGGAAUUUUGGUCCUCCCUCCUGCCAAAGAGACUGACUCAAGACUGAAUAGUCAGGUGAUCCAUACUCAGAAACAGCUGUUUGAUCCAAGUAAUCCCGACAAACCACUGAUAGUCAACACCCCAGUAGAUAGUGCCAGGAACUCAUAUCAGUAUGGGGCACACCCUGAACAAUCGUACAAUCCUCCAUCACAGAUGAUAACUGCUGAAGGCCAUUUUGUCAUGCCCAUGGCUCAUAGUAUGCCAGUGGUUCUUAACCCCAAUCUAUUGAAGGAAGCUGACAUCAUAGAAUAUGAACUUAAUCAAUUAAUGCAAUCUAACUCUUGGUAUGAAUAUCACGAUGAAAUCAUAAAGAGGAGAAUGAGACUCCAAGAAAUUUUGUGGAUACUGUUAACCAGUGACAUAAAGUUCUGCAAGCAAGAGAAUGUAGAACAACACUUCUGGAAGAUUCUGUACUAUGGACUGCUUGAGUGGUUCCGGAAACAAAUGUCCUCGGCCCCUCACAUGAAGGAGGCCUUCAUGACACCCAUGUUGAACAUCAUUGACGAGGGAAUGAAGUACUUUGAAGACACGUUGAGAGUUCUGGAAGAUUGUUAUCAGUUCAAACUAGAUGAUCACCUUGUGACUGGCUCCAGUCAAGCUAAAGGCAAACCUGUGUCACUGGCACUGGUGAGUGCUCAGAAGAUUCUGCUUUUCCUGGGAGACCUAGCACGGUACAGAGAACAGGUGCAAGACACAGCAAACUAUGGACUGGCUAGACAGUGGUACAUGAAGGCUCAACAGUUAAACCCAAAAAAUGGACGCCCGUAUUAUCAGCUAGCAAUACUGGCUAUGUGUGUUACAAGAAAGUUUGAUGCUAUUUACUACUAUAUGAGAAGUUUGAUAGCGGCCACCCCAGUCGUGUCUGCAAAAGAGAGUCUACUUACAUUGUUUGAUGAAAAUCGCAAAAAGUUUGAACAGUCUGAGAGAAUGCGACAUGAGGAACGAGAGUUGAGGGAACGUGAGAAGAUGAAGGAGAAGGAAGGAGACAGAAACAACCGUAGUCAUCAGCUGAGACGGGAGAUCUGGAUACAUCCUGAGGGAGGGAGGAGAGUUCACCGUACUACCAGCACAUCUGCUCACACGGACUCUGACUCCGAGACAGAACUGGGCGCCCUGCCACAUCUGGAGUUAUCAAAGAGGUUCUACAUGAGUUUUAUUCAUGUUCACGGCAAGCUGUUUAUGAAAGUUGGUAUGGAGAGUUUCCCAUCAGCAGCACUGCAGAUGCUGAGACAGCUGAGAGCCCUGCUUCAGCACUCCCCCCUCCCCUUGACCAACACCAGGCUACUGCAGCUACUGGCACUCAAUAUGUUUUCCAUCGAAAACACUCAACUGAAGAACAGUGAGCUAGGACCUGGCUACCGUUCGGCCAUGCAAGAGUCUGCACUGAUUGUGUCCCUACAGAUGUUCAACAUUCUACUAGAGCGAACAAACCAGCUCCUGAUAGACCAGCAGAACAACACCUAUAAACACAUUGUUAGUGAUGAUGUUCAAACACUGCUGCCUGCCAUCAAAGUCUGGUGUGAUUGGCUCCUCUGUCACAGCAGUGUCUGGAACCCUCCUCCAUCAUGUCACGACUACAGAGUGGGCCCUGCUGGGGAUGUAUGGGCAAGGUUAGCAACCCUGGUCAACCUACUGGAGAAGGUGGAUUGCCAACUUCUCUCUGAGCAUCCUAAAGAAGAUCAUGUACAAGUGAGACUGCCCGAGGAUGCCUCCCUAGCUGGAUUCUUCCCAUUGAUGUGCAACUGCUCAGACCCUGUCUAUGUCAACAAGGAGUGUAACAUGGAUGUAGCUCAAGUGAGUCUAAGGGUCAACAGGAUCUUGUUCUGUGGGACAGUGUUUCUGUGUGGGGUUGAUCCUCCUGUGUUGAAGCUACACAAGAACGAUACUGGCAACAGCGAAUACAUCUCAGUGGUGGAAACUCCUAGUCCUCCCACUCAGAGUGAUGGAGAGUUGUGUGUGGAGAGUGUCAGUGGAGGUGAUAGUCAGGACUCAGGACAGGCUUCUGAUGAUGACAAUCAAGACUCUCCAAGCCACAUGUCUAAUGCUCCUGGUGAGAUACAAAGUUUACUGAAACGAAAACAUGAAUUGGAACGGUCGCAUAGACAACAAGAGAGAAGGCGACAGAAAGUACAGAGUAUACUGCAGAGUUCCCUAGUAAGUGUAGAGAUAGAAGUGCGGCCACACUAUCUGGUAGCUGACACCAACUGUUUUAUAGACUAUCUGCCUCAACUACAAACCAUUGCCAAGGCAUCGUCAUCAUCCCAGCCUCACAUGUACACGCUCAUGGUGCCUCUAGUUGUGUUGAACGAGUUGGAUGGCCUAGCACACGGCAGGAGAGACCCAUCAGCCAGACCACAACACAGAGCCAUGGUCACUGAGAGUGCAGCACUUGCACUGGAGUUCCUCAGGAGUAAGACUGGUCCUGGAGUGCGUUGUGUCACCACUAGAGGCACUGUACUCAACUCUGCUGCCUUUACUAGUGAAGAGGACUGCCAGGAUAUGACAAAUGAUGAUAAAAUCCUCACAACAUGCUUAAAGCUGUGUCAUUCAUCCAACAAGGAAGAACAAGUGGAAGGGUGCCCACGCAAGCUAUGGAGAGAUGUUGUUCUGUUGACAGAGGACCGCAAUCUCAGGGUGAAAGCUUUAGCAAGAGAUGUGCCAGUCAGAGAGGUGGCUGAUUUUUUACAAUGGGCAGGAUUAGAGUUAGGCUGAACGUUUGAACUAGUUUGUUCUUUAAAGAAACUGAGCUAAUCACUGCUGUUGGACCAUUGCUUUGCUCUUCCUCAGCCACUCAAGUGUAGUUCACUCAAUUGAAUGAAGUUUGGCAAGAAGCUGACUGCCAACAGCUGUUCAUCAUCAUUUCACACACUUGAACACACACUUUUCAAACCAUCUAUUUAAACUAGCUAAUGAGACCGAGUGUAAAGCAAAAAAGAGUUUGUUAGGUUUUAUUUUAUUUAGUUAUUAUAAACCACAACCACUAUAACAACUUCGUUAAAAGUAAAAAAUUCUGUGUAUUGUUUUUUCUUUGUUAUAACUUUAGAAACUUUUUUUGUGCCUUAAAAGUGUUAAUUUUAGUAGUCAUGGUGAUAUACCAUGGUGUUUUUAGUGCAAUCACAUUGUUUACACAGGCAGGCCUUUUGUCUAACUUGAUUGAUAUGACAUGAUUUUAAUAGACAAAAUGUGUUUUUACUUCAAAUAGUUUAUUAUGACUUUUCAUAUAAUAAAUAUCAUAUAAUAAUAUAUGAUAAUAAAUCAAUUUUGUUUUGUUAUAUGGUGAUAAAUGCUGUAUGCUGAAGAUAACAGAUAGUCAAAUUCAAAUAUAAUCUAUCUGAUUGAAACUCUUAAGUGAUUUUUAUUCUAUCUGGCUUGUGGUAACUAACUUGAAGUUGAGAUGUACGAUAAUGUUUUACAGUAUUUAAAUAAUCACUCUAAAAAGUUAAUUUACAACUUUAUAGACUGUUAAAACAUUUUGUUAUCUAGUGUUUUUGUUUUGCUUUCUACCUCUAAUAAACCACAGAUUUAGACAUAAAAAUGCAUUUGUUUGUUAAAUAUACUUGAAAAUCUACAAAUGCAGUUGUACUUAAAGAAGUUGUCUUGGUAUUCUAACUAAUCAUUAAUCAAUAUAUUAUCCCUAAAUUGAUUAACAUGUUGAGAUUGAUUUCUCAGUGUUCUCUCCAUUACUAGUUUAUGUAGUUCCCAUAAGGUGAUGAACUUUAGGCUUAGUUGAUUUUGAUACAGAAUUUGUAUGUUUAAUUUUCUUAAUUAAACUUUCUUUGAUAUCAUACCUACCUUGUGUGAAUAAGAGUAUAAAAUAACAAGUGUAGUAAUGUUUAUUUCAGCAAUGUUAAGUUUUUUGUUUAGUUUCAUGCCAUAUAUAUUAUGAAGAAGGAAUGUACCCAUCAUUAAAUAAAAUAAUUAACUGCAAAAAUGUUUUGCUGUGGAUAAAUCUUAUUUAUUAUAUAAGAUCACUAUUGAACAUUGAAUAACGAGUAGACAAUGUUAUACCAUUUUUAAUUUUCUUACGCAAUAAUAUUUUUUUUUUUAAUUUUUUAAAUAAGAUGUUUUUAUCUUUAUCUGCUUGUGCUUCAAACAAUUUCAUGUCGUUUUGAACACAAAAGUUUUUGCAUCUAGACAACUCAUAAAAAUGUUACAUAGCAAGAUACUUCCGUUAUUGAACAUCCUUUUGCUUGGCGUUUGUACAUUUAGCUUUAAACAUUUGAUUGUUUUUGUAACGGCUUUAAUCACAGAUGUUGUCACUAGGGCCUAAAGUGACUCUUUUCAGCCCAAGGUCAAGUUUAACUGGUAAAUGAGCAGUGGUUGUUUUUGACCAAGUGAUGAACUAAACAUAUUUUUGUCAUGCUGCACCGUUCUUUAUACUAAAUUAUAUUCAAAACAAAACAUAAACUCUGUACAUUGUUUCCCUUUAUAAAAAUUAUCUCCCAAAAUCUUUUCCUUCUCAUUUUGCUAUGAUACAUGAACAGAUAUUACUGUUAUUUAGAUGCAAUAUAUGUACCCCGUCGAUACUGAUAAAUUAAUACAGUAUUUUAUUGAUGAAAUUCUUUCACAUUUCAGUUUGGCUGAAUGUCGAAUAAGAGAUAUCUUUAUCGUGAAAAGGGGAAUUUUUAAAAUUUAAUGUUUUUUUAACAUAAAAAAUUACUGCUCCAUACUGGCAGCUCCGUACUUGGCCUGUGCAAUGGCGCCACUUACCGGUGUCAUUGGUAAACAGAAUGGCGCUAUUUACAACUUUGUGUCUGAUGUGUUCACUUUGCUGUUUGUUAAGACAAUUUUUUAAAUUAUUGAAUCUCACGCUACAUGCAUCUAGGUCAGUGAUACGUUUUGCCACAAAGAAACGAAUGAAUAAUGAUUUUUCCCCCUCAAAAAUAAACAUUUAACAAAAAUAGUUCAGCUCAGCAAUUAAUUGAUCACUUUAUUCAGUAGUUGUGGUCAGUGUACACAAAAACUUGUCCUAAUCAAUAUCAACAUAGAGUUCAGUCUUAUCAGGCCAUUACUAAAAUUGUCACUCCUGCUGCUACCUGUAGAGUUAGGACUACUUAAAUUAAUAUGGGUCUACUUUAAAAUUUUAACACAAUUCUUUGACUGCCUGAAAUAUAAACAAUAAAUACAAUAUAUCUAAAACUAUACUAUUAUAGUUUAACAAGAAAGGUGAAAACUAAUUAUUUUACUUUAAAACAUUCCCGAGUAACGACGUAUCACUUGUGUUAUGUACACAUUCUAUCAACCUAUUACAAAAACUAUUGAGAGAGUUACUUCUUUGCGACAUUUAUCUCCUGAUGACUGAAGGUUUUAUGGUCCUAAUGCAAUGAUUGAGGCUAAAGUGCAGUAAUGGGUUAGGGAAUGUAAAUAUGACCAUGAAAACCUUUUUCUUUCGUGUUCUUCUGAAAGAGGUCUACAUAACCACCAAAAACCAAAUUCCAUCCGAAAUGCAAAUUGUCGCGGCCUUUUUAAAUCUCCCUUACCCUUACUCCAUAGGGCUCAGGGCCAUUAACUUCAGUCAGCUGGUGUUUCUUUCUUGCAGUCAAAAACAUAUCACUGACCUUAUCUAGUAUGCGGUGGGAGAUUAAUUUUUUUUAAAUUUAAAUUUGCUAGAUUCACGGCAAAGAUUACAUGUCAGAUACAGAGCUACAAAUUUCGCCAUUCUGAUCACAAAUAAUGCCAGUAAGUUGAAGGAGCCUUAUUACGAUGUACGCCCAAUCUUAGAAGCUAUUUGCACAAAUGGCCCUUACUUAAAAAACUACCCUCGCACUUGUUGUUAAUCGGGACUAUUUUUUUCUGCAAAAUUGGCAGACCAAUUGUACAGCUAUAAAGAGUUUAGCUGAUGUUCUCUCAGCUGUUUCAUUUUCGUCUUUGUGAAAAAAGACCAACUAUAAACCAGCAACGCAUGUGAUAAAAACAGCUUUUUCGUCAUACUGCAACAAAAUCAGCCUUUUUUAAUGCAUAUGUCGCGGGUCUAACGUAGCAUUUUUAUUUACUCUUUAGGGAGUAAAAAGGGUUGUUAGCCCCUUGGGUGUAAAAAUCAGCUGUUGUCAACUCAGUUGUAAAUUUUGAUAGUAAACAAAAUUACAUGUAUCAAAAAUAUAUAUUGAUUGUUUAAUUGAUAGUAGUUAAUUGUUGCCUUAUUGUAAAUAGUUUGACAUAUCGAGAUUAUAAUGUACACUAACACAAUCGUAAUAGAUGAAAUGAUUGAAUCACUUUAGCCUUGGUUUCUCUGAACCACGCUGCGUUAUUGCGUGAUCCGUGAUUUGUGAUACGCGGUAAUCAUGCGUGCAUGAUAAAAAAUAAGGGUGCUUUCUAUGACUCCAUCCUUGCAGCGCGUGAUUAUAUCUUCAGCCAUAGACAACAUGGAUGUCAGACUCGUUGCCGUAGCUUUGCUGCUGGAGGAGGAGGAUAGUGAAGAAAAUUUACUAGUGAAUUUAGUAAAUGAGGACUCUUUGGCAUAGAGAAGAAGGGUGUUUUAGAACUCUGAUUACCAGGUAUUUAAUUGAAUAAUGAAACUAAGUUUAGGGAAUUUUUUAUGCUUUCAAAACAGUUGUUUUGAGUAUGAGUAUGAGUACUACGGUAAUAGCUUAUGAAGCACGUGAAGUCAGAGAAAACACCCCCGUAGCAAUAGCUGCAACAGACUUUUGCGUGAUUACAUCAUCGCGGAUCCCGCAUCCCGCAGUGACGCUGCGUGAUUCAAAGAAACCAAGCCUUUAAUAAGCAGCUGCUUGUUUCCAUUAGCAAAUUAAAUUGAAAACAAGGUAGAAAUAGUUUUUAGAGGGUACCCUUAAAUGAAAACUAUCUUAACAUAGUUUGUUCAAGUAAUGGUGCAAUAUGACAAAAAAUCUAGUUCAUCACAUGGGCAAAAAGUCUCUUUUCAACCCUCGCUCAUUUUCCGACCUCGCCUUUUCCUCAAUCGUAAAACUUGAGCUCAGCUUGAAGAGUCACUUUGGGCACUAGUGAUGAAAUAUACUAUUUUCUGCUAUAUGAUAGAAAAAUAUUGUUUUUAAAAUCUUGAUUAGGUGUUAACAUAGCAAUAAUAGUACGAAUUUCUGUAAUAUUUUAAAAGUACAAAUGCAUUAGCCUACCCAGUAAAUAUUUUGUGUCUGAUGAUUUUAUUGAAUAAUAUUUAGCCUUAUCUGUGGAAUUGAAGGUAAAAAUCUUGCGUCAUGCUUACAGUGCAAGAUACAGGUGAAUACUAAGAGUAAACUUGAGUGUAGUUUGAGAAUGGUCCACUAGUAACACCUUUGAGCCUUAAUGCUGGUAAUUUUAAAGUGUGGUUUUCUUGUAAUGAAUAAAAACAAUGUUGAAGAAUAAUGUAACUCUUUUUUAAAUAUUGAAUUUUACACUCUUGGAUAAUUUACACGUCUAAUAAAAUUAAUUGUAAUACCAAUCAUUCUUAUUAUAGCUUUGAUGCCUGGCCAAUAGCAAAGUACAAAUCAGUGAAUCUGUUAAUUAUGGUACUGUAAAUUAAUAAGUUGCAAAUGAGGGAUUAUUUUAGUAACUAAACUCCGUUCACAAAAUUUAGUCAGUAUCAGGGAAAGCGAUUUCAUCCCCUCAGCCUCACCCUAACAUUGAAACAGCAACUGACAGCUGAUCAGUCUAUAUAUAGAUUAAGCUAAACAAGUGGUGGGGAACCUAGGAAACCAUUCCCCUAAUCCGCCUAAAUUGUAUGAACGGACUAUAACUAGUUUUAAUAUUAUUAUUACCAACUAAGAUUGGGAUGCCACCUGGGUGUGAAUUUUAACCCAAAUAUGAAUGUAGAAUGGAGUGAGAUGCCUUGUGUAGAUUUUUUACUGACGAAGAUCACUUGUCUCUUUGUCAGGAUCAUUUAUUAAAAGUUGUGAAUAUGUUAAUGUUCAUUUCAUUUAUUGACUAAAAAAUGUAAGUAAAACUGAUAAACUAUUGGUCAAUUAGGUAAAAAUUGAUGUUUUGUGCCAGUUUAUUGAUUAAACGUUUAGUUUUGAAUGUUUGUGGAAGUUAAACUUAGUAAUGGUAGUGUUAUUUGGAGAAAGUUAUGUACCAUAAUUUCCUUUUUCACUAAUAGAGACCAGUAAAGCGUAAUGCAGUUUUUAACGUGAAGCACUGACAUGUUAUCUCACUGUUGUAUUUGUAUUCCCUACUUUUACUGUUGUUGAGCACUAUAGAUAUAUUUUAUGUACAAAUCUUCUGUUGUGUACAAAUUAUAAUAAUUGUUAAGCAAUUAUGGUACUAGCGUUAUGAAGUAGUUUUGUAGAAUUUGUAAUGUUUUUAACAAUCAAACUAAUUACAAGCAGUGAUAUAGUGUAGAUAAAGAAUUUCAUUUUCCUUCACAUUUUAGGGAUAAUUGAUUAUGCAUGAUCUCGAAUUUUAUUUAUAUUCUUAGACUUUAAUUAUGAAUGAUGUUUUCGAUCAUCAGAUAAGGUGCAUGAAAAUCAUUAUUAACAUGUUUUAUUAUAGUUUUAAUUUUUACUUUAAUUUUAGACCAUCCUCAGGUUAAAUAUUUUGUACUUAAUAUUUGAAGCAAAGCUAGGAUACUGCCUUUAGUGAAGGUGUAAUAAAGGAAUGAAUUAGGUGUCCA